UGCCAUCAUUUGUAUGUAUUUUUUAGCUUAGCCACACGUAGCCAGCUAGUUUUUAUUUUGCUAGUUUUGCUCUCUCUUUCUAUGGGAACCCAGUUUGUGUUUUUCCUGUUGUGUUCAAUUGUUCUGUUUUGAUCAUCUUCCUCUUCCACUUGUCCUUCCUGAGCUCCCAUGGUCUUUAUCCACUGGGGUAGAUAACAAGGGAUUGGAUAUUGGAUUGGACAGGUUUGCAGUUAUGGCAGGUUUUGGCUUGGCUUGUUGCUUCUCCAAGUCUGGAUGUUUUUGAGAGAUGUUGGAAGGAUGAUCUGCUGUUCACCAGAAUCUAGGAUCAGGGGUGGAUGAGGCCCAUGCCCAGGCACUAAUUGCACAUCUCCAAACAAAGGCAGUUGGACUUGAGGUUCAUGAAGAUAUCUGCUGCCCACUGAGCAACCUGCUGUGAUUGUGUCCUCUCCACCUGUACCUUCAGGAAGGCCUGUCCUCAUGCCUCGCUCGGAUCACUGCUCCAACAACGUCCACCUUUUGACGCGAGUAAAACGCUGUUGGUUCCACAUUUCUAACCAACCAGUGGAAAGCAGAUCUUCGUAGAGCUGCAGCAUUGUCAUGCUGGAACACGUUUUCUGGACAUCGAGGCUCACGUGGCCUUCGUGAUCACGGUCCCCACAGCGCUGGCCAUCUUCCUCAGCAUCUUCGUCCUCGUCUGCAUCGAGUCGGUGUUUAAGAAGCUCCUGCGCCUCUUCGCCCUGGUGAUCUGGGCCUGCCUGGUCUCCAUGGGAUACCUCUUCAUGUUUUUCGGAGGCAUCAUUUGUCCCUGGGAUCAGGUGUCCUUCUUCUUGUUCAUCAUUUUCGUGGUGUACACCAUGCUGCCCUUCUCCAUGAGAGACGCCAUCAUUGCCAGCGUUCUCACCUGCUCGUCUCACACCAUCGUCCUCGGAGUGUGUUUGUCAACCGCCAGAGAGAGCACCGAGCAUCUGGUGUGGCAGAUUAUGGCCAACGUCAUCAUUUUCAUCUGCGGGAACAUGGCCGGAGCGUACCACAAACACCUGAUGGAGCUCGCGCUCAAGCAGACCUACCACGACACCUGCAACUGCAUCAAGCUUCCCAUCAAGCUGGAGUUUGAGAAGCGACAACAGGAGCGUCUGCUGCUGUCACUGCUUCCUGCUCACAUCGCUCGAGUCAUGAAGGCCGAGAUCAUCCAACGGCUCCAGGGACCAAACUUCGGGCAGGCGGAGAACACCAACAACUUUCACAACUUAUACGUGCAGAGACACACCAACGUCAGUAUUUUGUACGCUGAUAUCGUUGGCUUCACUCGUUUGGCCAGCGACUGCUCUCCUGGAGAACUCGUCCACAUGCUCAACGAGCUUUUUGGCAAAUUCGAUCAGAUCGCGAAGGAAAAUGAAUGUAUGAGGAUUAAGAUUCUUGGGGACUGUUAUUACUGUGUGUCCGGCCUCCCGGAGUCUUUACAUAACCAUGCCAAAAACUGUGUGAAGAUGGGCCUGGACAUGUGUGAGGCCAUCAAAAAAGUGCGAGACGCCACCGGCGUAGACAUCAACAUGCGAGUCGGGGUUCACUCGGGCAACGUCCUCUGUGGCGUCAUCGGCCUCCAGAAGUGGCAAUACGACGUCUGGUCACAUGACGUGACUCUGGCCAAUCACAUGGAGGCUGGCGGUGUACCAGGACGUGUUCACAUCACCUCGGUCACUCUGGAGCACCUCAACGGGGCAUAUAAAGUGGAGGAUGGCUACGGCCAGGAGCGAGACCCUUAUCUAAAAGAGCACGGGGUAGUGACCUACCUGGUAAUCAACCCAAAGGCCGAGAGGAGGAGUCCUCAGCACCACUACAGACCCCGACACACGCUGGACGGUGCCAAGAUGAGAGCGUCGGUCCGGAUGACCCGCUACCUGGAGUCCUGGGGGGCCGCCAAGCCGUUCGCCAACCUGCACCACCGGGACAGCAUGACCAACGAGAACGGCAAGAUUAACACCUCUGAUGUUCCACUGGGUCAGUAUCAGUUCCAGAGGCGCUCGGAAAGAACGAAAUCUCAGAAGAAGAGAUUCGAGGAGGAGCUGAACGAACGCAUGAUUCGAACCUUCGACGGGAUCAACUCCCAAAAGCAGUGGCUGAAAUCGGAGGACAUUCAAAGAAUAUCACUGUUCUUUCACAACAAAACCCUAGAAAAGGAGUACCGAGCUACGACUUUGCCCGCUUUCAAGUACUACGUCACCUGCGCCUGCCUGAUCUUCUUCUGCAUCUUCAUCGUUCAGAUCCUCGUUUUGCCAAAGACUGCCGUUUUGGGAAUCUCGUUCGGGAUCGCGUUCCUCAUCCUCUCCAUGAUUCUGCUCAUUUGCUUCAUCGGACAUCUCCUGCAUUUCAGUAAAACAGCAUCCGCUUCAUGGCUCUGGAUUCUCCGAUCGUCCGUCAUCAUUGCAAACAAGCCGUGGCCCCGUCUCACUGUGACCAUGGCAACCACCACCCUCAUCCUGGUCAUGGCUAUCUUCAACAUGUUCUUUCUCCAGGACAACCAGACCCAUCAUCUCCCAGCGUAUAAUAUAUCCAACGAAACGCUUCUUCCACCUGACGGGCGUCCGGUCGCUCACCUGGAGAACAACAAUUUCUACCUUCCUUAUUUCAUCUACAGCUGCAUCCUGGGUCUUAUCUCCUGCUCCGUGUUCCUGAGGAUCAACUACGAGCUGAAGAUGGUCAUCAUGCUGAUGGCUGUUGUGGCCUACAACAUUAUCAUCCUUCAGACACAUGCAUCGUUACUCGAUGAAUACAGCAAGUUCUUGUACAAAGACAAGGUCCUGGACAGGCCAGGAGUGCUGAAGGAUCUGAAGACUAUGGGUUCGGUGUCGCUUUUCAUCUUCUUCGUCACCCUGCUUGUGCUGGCACGUCAGACUGAAUAUUACUGUAGGUUGGACUUCCUGUGGAAGAACAAGUUCAAGAAGGAGUGCGAGGAGAUCGAGACUAUGGAGAACCUCAACCGUGUCCUGCUCGAGAACGUUUUGCCUGCUCAUGUGGCUGAACACUUCCUGGCCCGGAACUGGAAGAACGAGGAUCUCUAUCACCAGUCCUACGACCUGGUCUGUGUGAUGUUCGCUUCCAUCCCGGACUUUAAAGAGUUCUACACAGAGUCAGACGUUAACAAAGAAGGUCUCGAGUGUCUCAGGCUACUGAACGAAAUCAUCGCCGACUUCGACGAGUUGCUUUCCAAGCCCAAGUUUAGUGGAGUUGAGAAGAUUAAGACGAUCGGGAGCACGUACAUGGCAGCGACAGGCUUAAACGCUACGCCUGAACAUGCACAGGAACACGACAGACAGUACAUGCACAUCGGGACCAUGGUGGAGUUCGCCUUCGCGCUGGUCGGAAAACUCGACGUCAUCAACAAGCAUUCCUUCAAUGACUUCAAGCUUAGAGUUGGGAUUAACCAUGGACCCGUGAUCGCAGGGGUCAUCGGAGCCCAGAAACCGCAAUACGACAUCUGGGGGAACACGGUGAAUGUAGCGAGCAGAAUGGACAGCACAGGAGUUCUCGGGAAAAUACAGGUGACGGAGGAGACGAGCCGCAUCUUGGUGACCCUCGGCUACAUGUGCUCGUGCCGCGGAAUCAUUAACGUUAAAGGCAAAGGAGAGCUGAAGACCUACUUCAUCCACACCGAGAUGUUGAGGUCGCUCUCGCAGGGGACCGUGCCGUUAGCCGACGAGCUCAACAAAGUCAACUGAGAAUGAAAAAAAAAAAAGAAAAAAGCGUUGGGAUGCCAGAGAAGCUUGUAAAUAAUCUCGCCUUGUCCUUUAGAUGCACGAGAUCGUUGGAUGUUUGUCAAGCGCUAGCGUUCCGGUAGUUUCUCGUGAGCAGGGUUCGUGCACAGGGUACAACAACGUACGUACGUAAGGUAGCAAUUCUUUUGUAAGAAAAACCAAAUACAACCAAAAAGUGUUUUUUGAUGUGCUGAUGCCAUUAUUUUUCAUUUUGUAAAAAGAAAUUUCUUUUUUGUAAAAAAAAAAAAAAAGAAGAAAAAUCAUUAAACUUUAUAUGUACUUCUGA